UCAUCAAAGAAUCAACCUUGACUUCCUCCCCCCUUCCCUUCUUCUCCGUCCUGAUUCAUCCUUCCCUCCCUCCGUAAAUCCCUCCCAAUUCAAAGUUUUCCCAAUUUAGGGUUUUCAGAUUGUCCCAAUGAAAUAACCUUGUUGGGUCCAAGCAACAACAAGAAGAAGAAUGCUGGGUUCCACCGCGUCGAAGUGGUACAGAGUCGGCGGGCUUCUCCUCCACCACAAACCCCACCGGAGCUUCAAUUCAACCGCCUUUGCCGCCAGAACCGCCUUCCACGGCAGCCCCAUUCGUCUCCCAAAGCCUUUGACUUCGAACCCCGUUCGCACAGCAUCAAUAUUCCCUUUCCGUAUCAACGCCUUCAUCGCCGAUGCUACAUCCACCCCUUCUCCGCCGGACGGGCGGUCAUUGUUCUCCACUUUGCCGGACAAGAACAACCCGACUCCUAGAGUUUCUAAAGGGAAUUCCGUCGAACAGAUUACGAAUGUGCAGAUUUUCCGAACUCUAGCCAGUUACUUGUGGAUGAAAGAUAACUAUGAGUUCCGCAUCAGGGUCAUUGCUGCGUUGGGGUUCUUGGUUGGAGCGAAGGUCCUCAAUGUGCAGGUGCCCUUCCUUUUCAAGCUUGCUGUUGAUUGGUUGAGCUCGGCUACUGGCAAUGCCACUGCUCUGGCUUCUUUCACCGCAGCCAAUUCGACCCAGUUGGCGCUUUUUGCAACCCCGGCUUCCGUUUUGAUUGGAUAUGGGAUUGCACGUACUUGUGCUUCUGCUUUCAACGAAUUGCGGACUGCCGUGUUUUCUAAGGUAGCGCUGCGAACAAUCCGAUCGGUAUCUAGGAAGGUCUUUUCUCAUCUGCACGACCUUGGUCUUCGAUAUCAUCUUAGUCGAGAAACCGGUGCACUAAAUAGAAUAAUUGACCGUGGUAGCCGUGCAAUAAAUUUUAUUCUCUCAUCUAUGGUGUUCAACGUUGUACCUACCAUCUUAGAGAUAUCUAUGGUUUCAGGUAUACUGGCUUACAAAUUUGGAGCACCUUUUGCAUGGAUAACUUCACUAUCCGUUGCUGCAUAUGUCGCAUUUACAUUGAUUGUCACACAGUGGAGGACUAAGUUUAGGAAGGCCAUGAAUAAGGCUGAUAAUGAUGCUAGUACAAGGGCAAUCGAUUCACUUAUAAAUUAUGAGACCGUGAAAUAUUUCAAUAAUGAAUCUUUUGAAGCCACCAAAUAUGAUGAGUACUUAAAGAGGUAUGAGGAUGCUGCUUUAAAAACACAACGCAGUCUGGCUUUUCUGAAUUUCGGCCAAAAUAUUAUAUUUAGCACGGCUCUAUCAACUGCUAUGGUGUUGUGUUCAAAUGGUAUUAUGAGUGGCAAUAUGACAGUUGGUGAUUUGGUCAUGGUGAAUGGACUUCUAUUCCAGCUCUCGCUUCCACUCAAUUUCCUUGGUAGUGUUUAUCGUGAGACUAUACAGAGUCUGGUUGACAUGAAAUCUAUGUUUCAGUUACUGGAGGAAAAGGCUGAAAUUGGUGACAAAGCUGAUGCAAAGCCUCUGGAGUUACGCGGGGGAAGCAUUCAGUUUGACAAUGUACACUUCAGUUACCUGACAGAAAGAAAGAUUCUUGAUGGAAUAUCAUUUGUUGUACCUGCUGGAAAGAGUGUGGCUAUCGUUGGAACCAGCGGAAGUGGCAAGUCCACCAUUCUCAGAUUGCUCUUCAGGUUCUUUGACACCCAUUCUGGAAGUAUAAAGAUAGAUGGUCAAGAUAUUCAGGAUGUAACACUUGAGAGUCUACGGAAGUCCAUUGGUGUUGUGCCCCAAGAUACUGUACUUUUCAAUGACACAAUAUUUCACAACAUUCAUUAUGGUAAUCUUUCAGCACCAAAAGAAGAGGUGUAUGAUGCAGCUCGACGUGCAGCAAUACAUGACACCAUCAUGAAGUUCCCUGACAAGUAUUCUACUGUCGUAGGGGAACGAGGGCUCAAGUUAAGUGGUGGUGAGAAACAGCGUGUGGCACUGGCUCGUGCAUUCUUGAAAGCACCUCCAAUUCUUUUAUGUGAUGAAGCUACAAGUGCACUAGAUAGCACCACAGAAGCAGAAAUAUUAACUGCAUUGAAGUCCUUGGCAACUAAUCGAACAUCAGUUUUCAUUGCCCAUAGGCUAACCACUGCAAUGCAGUGCAACGAGGUAAGCAUAACUAAUCGAACAUCAGUUUUCAUUGCCCAUAGGCUAACCACUGCAAUGCAGUGCGAUGAGAUAAUAGUUCUGGAGAACGGGAAAGUAGUUGAGCAGGGAUCCCAUGAUGUUCUAUUGUCUAAGGCAGGACGAUAUGCACAGCUCUGGGGACAGCAAAAUAACACAAUUGAUGCACUUGAUUCCACCGUUAAAUUGGGGGCAUGACCUUGUUCCUAUUCCUCCGCCCCUCUCUCCCUACCAAAAUAAGAAAGAGUGGCUUAAGUAGCUGUAUUUUUUUUUGUCAGUCUUGCAGUACUUUAUUAGCCACCUUGGAUAACCAACUUAUAGAUACAUUGGAUUAGUAUACAUGAGGAUGCACUUGGGUUUAAGCAAGGAUCUCGCGCACGCUUGAAAAAUCAAUAAAUGGCAUGUGUAUUUUGCCAUACGGUUCUUCUUUGGUCUUCACUUGACAAUAAGUUUCAAGCACAAUGUAAGGUAUGUAGUACUGCUUGGUUCCUUCUGAUAAAUUGUACAGUAGCCAGUUUAGCUUUGAGAAGCAUGCGCUGUUACCUUUGCAGCCUAUGAUCAUCGGAAAAAAUUUUGUGUAAAUUAGCUUACUGAUACCCGAAACAGCUUCUUAACUAUGUCCUUGCUGCUCAGGAUUGAAUUCAGUUCACUUUUAUACAUCAUUUUAGGAAGGAUUGUGGAAUUUUUUCCGUUCCAUUUGUUAGUCAGAGUUCUCCAUUGUAUCACUUGUGCACUAUUUGUAAACAAUAGAGUUUGGCUUUGUGCUUUUAGUUCUAUCCAUCCAUGCACAAGAUGUAAAUCAUUUUGGCAAUUUGUGUUUA